AGUAUCAGUACGGAUCCUCCUAGUUCGCUAAUUAAACUGUUGUCGUUGUAUUGUAUUUAUUGUAUCUAGUGCCGUGGGUAAAAUUAUUCCCACAGUUAACGUUACGGUUCGAAUCGUGAAGCAGAGAAGUCUGUGCGGUUUGCCUAAUUCUUGCUCAGUUUCGCGUAUUCGUCUGCACGGUACGAAUUAGGUUAGGGUACUGAGACAUCAUUACGAUCGAUGGACAAAUUUCGAAAUUCCUUCGAUUUCUCUUUUAUUAUUUAGCGAUUGCCUUUACCUAUUACGAUUACCUAUCAGUGCAAAGGCGAGACAUGGCUAAAGAAAUAAUUUUGCUAAUUCUUGCAAUAUUUACUUUGGCGGAAAGUGUAUCAUCGAGUGCUCAUCCUUUUAGACUGACCAAGUUUGGUAAAAUCAGAGGAAAGUGGAUAGAAAUAAAAACUCAUAAAGAAAAUCCUUCCGUUGCUGCUUUUCUUGGAGUUCCUUAUGCGGAAGCGCCAUCAGAAAAUGGAACACAUCGUUUUAAGAAUUCUGAACCUUGGAAAGAACAUUGGAACUAUACUAGAUCAGCCGUUAAAGACGGAUCGAGGUGCCCUCAAUUGAAUGAAAGAAACGAAGUGAUCGGUAACGAGAACUGUCUCUUCCUGAAUAUUUUCGUUCCUAAGAAAUUGAAGAAAGAUCAUGACGCGAAGUAUCCUGUACUUGUGUUUGUUCAUGGUGGGGAUUUCAAGAGGGGCGGUAACAAUAGUACUUAUUAUUCUCCUGAAUAUUUGAUGUACACCAAAAUUAUAUUGGUCACCGUAAAUUAUCGUUUGGGCGCUUUCGGAUUCUUCAGCACCGGCGAUGACGCGGCUCCCGGCAAUUGGGGCCUGAAGGAUAUAAAACUGGCGCUGCACUGGAUACAGGAAAAUAUAGAUGCAUUCGACGGCGAUGCAAAUUCCGUGACCCUGUGGGGUCACGACAGCGGAGGCGUAUUGGUCCAUAUCCUGGCGCUCUCAAACAAGACGGAAGGUCUUUUCCAUAAAUACAUCACAUCCGGUGGAUCGAGUCUCGCGUUCCAUGCUGUAAAGACAGCAGACAAUGCCAGACUGCAAGCAAUAGACGCUGCUUACCAGGCGGAGUGUAUCGGUAAUGACGAAAUGGGAAAGAUAAUGAAAUGCUUGUCCAGCGUUGAGAAAAGCAUUGCAGUCGCUUCGAGAGAAAUUUCUCAAGUGAAAUGCAUCGCAAAUGAAGAUACAAAAAUAUUACUAAACUGUAUUAAAAAUUCGACGCUCGAUAAGAUAACACGCCUGCAGUCAUCGACGUUACGCGACAUCGUGUUUCCGUCGUAUGAAUUUACACCGACCGUUGAGCAAGACUCGAAGGACGCCAUCUUAAAUGCUAAUCCUUUGACGUUAAUUGAAAAAGGACAAUUUCGUGAUAUCCCAUGGAUCGUUGGAUUGACCAAGGACGAAGGACUCCAAAUCAGUCUGGGUAUUUCAUUGAACGACGAUAAGAACAGCGAAUCGCUUGAAGGCUGGAUUUAUUAUUUGGAGUCCCUUAAGAACCUUAUGUGGAGUUUGGAAGAUAAUAUAUCCGUUGGCGAAGUAGUCGAUGAUUUUUAUUUUAUCGAAAACGCCACGACGACUUAUCGAAGCAAUAUGUCCGAGAUCGGGGAUGCCUUUUACAAUUGGCCAGUUUAUCGAGCAGUGAAGCUUCAAUCGAAACUCAUGAAUUCCAGCGUCUACUUUUACGUUCUAGGCUACGAGGGGACUUUCAGUGGAACCUAUGCAAUCGACGCUACAAAACGUUACGGUGUCUCUCACGGGGAUGAUAUCAACUACCUGUUUCCAUACCUGAACAAGGUAUUCGAUGAUUUAUCACUGCACAAUACAGGCGAUGAUAUUACGAUGAUGCACGUCAUGACGGAGAUGUGGACCAGCUUUGUGAAAACUGGGGUACCGCAAGCAUUUCGGACGGCCAGUUGGAAACCGUUUCAAAUCAAGGAGAGCUACGCGCAGUUGGGUUGGGGGAACUCGACGGAUGUGGAAAUGAAGUCGAAUUUCCUUCCUGACAGAAUGGCAUUCUGGGAAGACCUGAUGGAUCAUUUAUCUUUGCCGAUAUAUAUGGUAGAAGAGGAAGUGAACGAUGAUAAUGCGGGUGCAGCGGUAAUGAUGAGAACAAUGGUCAUGUAUUACUUAAGUUUUUUCACCCUCUGGUUUGUACUUUGAGUAUUAACCCUUGAUUGACAAUUCUCGAGUAUAGUAUAUGCCUGGGUUUUGAGCACGUGUAAAAUAGUGAAUUGAGAAAAUCGAUAAGAACUAUAACGCGGUGAAUUUUGUCUUUUAAUGUCAAUUCGUUUAUUAAAUCUUCAAUGUCACUGAUAACAAUAAUUAUUACGUUAUUAAACUUUUUCUCAUCGUCCCUUUCAUUUUACGCGAUUCGACUCCGCUCAAACUUCGUUUCAUCGAUUUAUCAUAUAUUCCUGUUCAAUUCGAAUUGGCGAUUUUUAUAAAAACAGCCGUAACAGUGAUACCAAUAAAAUAUAUAAGAAUAUUAAUUAUUAUAAUGUUAACAAGAGCCAACGAGCGAUACGUAAGAAAUUGUACGUGAAGAUAAAGAAAAAUUAAAACUGU